AUGUCAAGUGCCAGACUUAUACCCUGGCUCAAUAACCGACACCGACAUAACAACAAUUUCCGAGCUUUGAACAAAUGCCAAGUUCUUGAUGGAGUUCUCACUGACAAAGGCUUUGCUAUUAGUGAAUUAGCAGCUGAAAAGGGAGCAGAACACAAUCGGCCUCCGAUGAAAUCUGCCAGUCAGUUCACAGAAGGCCAAUGUGAUGAAAAUUUUAAUAUUGCUUGCCUCAGGAUCCACGUGGAGCGAUGGAUUGGUUAUCUUAGAAACUUUCGGAUUCUAAAUACUGUGUGGCCAUGUGGCAGACUGGACUUGCUUAACAGCGUAUGGAGAUUCUUGGCUCAUAUUCAGGCUAUAUCAACACUUGUGAAACCGAAAGAAAACUGCCCGAAAGCGAUAUAAAACAACACAUUCAAAAAAAAAAAAACAGUAAUUAUCACAAUUCACAAGGUUUAUGGUGUAAUCUAACAUGUACUGAAAUAGUGUUUUAUGUCCUCUAUUUGAGCACAUUGCCUGGUCGCUU